AGGUGCCUCGCUCUCCUAAAUCACCUCCUGUCAGACAUCCUGAAAGAGAAACUAGAUCAGCAAGUCUUGUUGCUCAACCGUCCUGUCAACUUCAGGGAAGAACUCUUGUUCAUCAGAUAUCAGCCCCUGUUCUGCCUAAGUCAGAACAGAGAGGAGUCACAUCUCCAAGUUAUACAAAUAAUAGUACUAGAGUAGAAUCUUUAACUUCAUCAACCGGCCCUCUAGGUUCUCAAGUUAAAUGUUAUCGUAGAGAGACCGAUCUUGAUAGUACCAUCCAAAUAUCAUCACCAUUGUCAGCAUCUUUGGAGAACAUUGCAAAACCUGCCAGUCCAAAAGAAUUGCUGCACCCUGUUAGACUCUUACCGACACAUUCUCGCCAGAGUUCCAGUCCUGAUUCUUUGCUUCAAUUUCAUCAACAGAAGGGUGAUUAUUUUAAACCAGCUUAUAGCCUUUCAAGGACCCAAAGUGAACUAAGUCAUCACCCAUUUGGUAGAAAGUCAGAUCACUUACCAGAUUCAGUGAAGAAGAGACGAAGACAGACAAAUGUCAUUCUUCGGGGUCAAUCAUUCAGUCAUAAUGAAAGCUCAACAGAUAGUCCUCAAAUAACUCCUCCAGGUACACCACCCCGUUCAGAUCUAAUAUGUGAUGGUAUGGAAAUUGUGGAAGAUGAAGAUACAUGUCAGGAAGAGGGAUGUGUUACUAAAGAUGUGCUGUGUAGUACAACUGGAAAUUGCUCCACAACUCCAGCUAUUGUACCAGAAGUAAAGUCUAACACGUUUAACCCUAUGGAUGGCAGACCACUGCCAGCUUUACCUUUGGAACUAAAGCCUGUGAACACUUUAAUAUCACCCAGUCAACAGAAGUAUGGUACACCUCCUGAAAUGUCUCCAUCUCCUGGACAAGGAAGUUUACAACCUUCUCAGUAUCUUAUUAUGUCAAUGGAAGAUGAAGACUGGCCUUCUGACUCAGAAGUGGGUCUUUUGGAAAACCAUGGUCCAUUUAAUGCUAUGUGGAAGCUGUUGAGAUAUCAAGCUCAUUUAGCUGUUUUCAUGUACUUUCUUAUAACCAACAGUGAACCUGCAAGUCUCUUUUUCUACUUGAUUACUAAUAGUUUCCAAGAAGGAACAGUAAAAGAAAUGAAGAAAUGGGCUUAUGAAAUUCAUUCAAGCUUCCUAGUGCCCGGUGCUCCUUUAAAAGUCAAGAAUAUCGAUGAAACUAUUCUAAAUGAAAUUGAUGAUGUCCUCCAAAACCAGUUAGAAAAGGAAGAUAAUCUUAGAAGUAUUUUUAUAAAGGCUAGAAGAAAAGCAAAAGAAGAACUUAAUGAACUACUGGCUGACUUUAGAUCAAAACGAAACCUUUGUCUAGGAAAUCUUUUUGGACCAUCAGAUAGUCAACUUGAAGAAGCAAUGCAAGAUAAAUCAAAAGAGUUAAAGAUCAUUGAACAGCUGUUAGUUCCAAAGCUAGAAAUUAUUUCAGAGGAUGUUGAGAAUGCUAAUGACAAAACAUUGGCUAUGGUUGCUGCCCUUGCCACUGUUCUUAAACAGUUUGGAGUGAAGAGUCAACAAGCUGUCAACUUGAUUGAACGAUGUCCGUGUUUUGUGGCUAAAGAAAAGACAAAGCUUAAGUUCUUACAAAGGAACAAAAAGGUUUUAAAAAAUACUAUGAAUUGAAUCUGUUACUGAAUU